AUGGCGCAAGGUUCCACAUGGAAGCCUGAUAAAUAUGAUAAAACUAAGUGGGAUCCAGGGAUCUGCCACUGCGAAGGAGAUGAUGAUUGUGCACUCAUCACACCUUGCCAUUGUACAGGAACAUUACGUUUCGUACACCAAGCCUGUCUCCACCAGUGGAUCAAGAGUUCUGACACGCGCUGCUGCGAACUCUGUAAAUAUGACUUCAUAAUGGAGACAAAACUCAAACCACUGCGGAAGUGGGAAAAGCUGCAGAUUUCAACAAGUGAGAGGAGGAAGAUUGUCUGCUCUGUCAUCUUCCACAUUGUGGCUAUCACAUGUGUUGCGUGGUCUUUGUAUGUCCUGAUAGACCGAACAGCAGAGGAGAUCAAAAAGGGUAAUGACAAUGGUAUUCUGGAAUGGCCUUUUUGGACAAAACUGGUUGUGGUUGCCAUUGGAUUUACAGGAGGCCUCGUCUUCAUGUAUGUGCAAUGUAAAGUCUACUUUCAGUUGUGGAGAAGGCUGAAAGCAUAUAACAGAGUCAUCUUUGUACAGAACUGCCCAGACACUGAAAAAAAAAUGGAUGACAAGAACACUUCAAAUAGUCAAAACUCUGGAAAUAGAGAGAGUGUAACUGUGCCAGUGUCACAGACAAAAACAACCUUACAGAGGGCACCAGCGGUGCAGGGUGGCAUCCCUGAAGUUGCAUCAGUGUGAUAUGGUCCUGAUGUUCAUUUGAAGAACUGCACAUAUUCUUGAAAAUCAGUUUCUUUCAGAAAUGUACUCCAAACUAACUGGAUUACAAAUUUUUGUCGUUGUAGGAAUUGUAAGAAUUAAGGACACAACAGAUAUGAUUGAUAGAAAUACAACAUGUCAUUGCGUGGGAAUUAACUGUUCAGUAUGUGCGACUGUGCUACCAGAUAUGGCGCAAAUGAUGCCAUCAGCAUUAUUAAGAAUGUGUGCAAUGU